AUGGAUUUCUUGAACAAGCUCACUGGAAAAGAUGAAAAACCCACUUCGGAUCCUCCCAAAGACACCGCUGAUCACCCAAAACCAUCCAAUUCUGAUCUGAUGGGUAGUGUAAAAGUACUGGCUGAUGCGGCCAAAGAAGGAAAGUUUGACAACCCAAAGGCGGCAGCGGCUGCGGCUGAUGUUCUCGGCGCCGCUGAGCAGUAUGGUAAGCUAGAUGAAACCAAGGGAAUUGGACAAUAUGUUGACAAGGCCGAGGAUUAUCUCCACCAGUACAGCACUACUCAUUCCUCCACCGCCAAUGUUAAUCCUGACAAGAAAUCAACCCCGGAUGCCACUGAACCGCCCAAAAACACUUAA